AUGAGCGCCUUCACUGCUAAAGAUUUCAACGCUGCCGUUUACUCUGACUUUAGACCAAGUUACCCAGACGACUGGUACAAGACCCUGUCUGCGUACCAUAAGGGCAACCACCACCUCGUUUUGGACAUAGGAUGUGGUCCUGGUACCGCUACGUUUGCUCUACGUAAACACAUGCCUUUCGAGAAAGUCGUUGGUGCCGACAUCUCACAGACAAUGGUUGAGAAGGCCCGCAAAGUGGCUUCAGAUUCUAACCAACAAGAGGUCCAAUUUGUUGCCUACAAUGGAGACAUAAAAGAGAUCGGGUUGAAGCCCGACAUGGUUACCAUGGCCGAGUGUGCCCAUUGGCUCGAUUGGGAAAACGCUAUGGAGCAAGUCGCUGCGGUCUUACCAAGUGAUGGAACGUUAGCCAUCUGGUGCUACGUGGACCCGGUAUUUGUUGAUUUCCCGGAGCUAGAUUCUGAUAUCGAAAACUUGCAGUACAGCGAACCACCAGCUGGCUUGGGCCCAUAUUGGGAGCAACCGGGCAGACAAAAUCUAAGAGAAUUGUUGCCCAAAUUACCCCCACCAGAGAAGUGGUUCAAGGACAUCCAGCUUUGGAGACACGACGGCCGCUCCACGGCCACCCGCGCGGCCACCCCGUUGGUCAUGGAAAAGACCAUGACUCUGGAAGCGUUCCACAACUACACCACUACCUGGAGCAGCUACCACAACUGGAGCAGCAGCACCAAUGCCGGAGAAUCGCACCCAGACCCCACAAUCCCCUUUAUGGAAAAGGUGAAAAGGGUCACCAAACUCGAAUCACGUGACACAAUCCGCGUCGCCUGGAAAACCGUCGCGCUGCUCGCUCGCCGCAAGUAG